UAGCAUAUAUACUUCCCUGUUGACCGACUUCAUUUUAAUAUUGGUCUCGGGUGUUUCUCUUAAACGUAAGCCUUUGCAAGGAUGGCAUCUUCUACUGGAAGGUUGUGUGGUCCAUGUGAAGCAAGACAUACAACUACGACUGCUAUUAGCUGGUGUAUAGACUGUGAUGAUGGGCUAUGUUCUUCAUGUUUAGAGGACCACAAAGUCAACAAAGCAAGUAAGACACACCAGACCAUUCCAGUAAGUCAGUACGUAGAAAUAGAAUCGGUUUCUUCACUUAUUAAGCAAGAAUGUGAAGAACAUGAUCAGAGACUAACCUUUUAUUGCCUUGAUCAUUACCUCACAGCUUGUGCCCUAUGUGUACUAGAAAAACAUAAACAAUGCACCAGACUAAAACCUAUCGAUGAACUUGCCCGUCAUGCUAAGACGUCGACAGAACUGUUUGACAUUGAAAGAGGGAUCAAGGAGCUGGAUAAAACUGUAGAUGAACUACAAAAUCACCGACAAAGAAACAUUGAUACAAUAAGAGACCAACGAAAAACCAUUUCAACGGAGAUAAAAUCUUUUCGAAAACAGAUAAACAAGCAUCUAGAUAAUUUAGAAUCGGAUUUGUUAAAGAAGUUAGAAUCUAAAAGCGACCAAAAUAUAUCCGAAGUAAACAUGCUUUUAGCAAAAUUGAAGGGAAGAGGAGCAAAAAUAAAGAGUCUUGGAAAAACAAUCCAUCAGUUAAAAGAAACACUAUCCGAUGUUCAAGUCUUUUUAGCAACAACAAGUCUCGGUGAAAAGUUGCAAAAAGAACAAAAUUGGGUUUCAACGUUAUGUAACCAGAAUGCCGCUAAAGAGUCUGUACUAGAACUAUCUACUGAUCCACAACUGAACAAUUUGUUAUCCGACGUGACAUAUUUUGGCACAAUACAUGUUGUAAGAAAUCCAUGUCAGAUUAAGACAGGAGCAUGGGAGCAGCCAAGAGCACAGCUACAUGUUCCGAUAACUGCAGUGAGAGACAUCGAUCAGACAGAACUGGAAUUAAUCCGCGAGAUUUCGUUUGAGGACGGUUCAGAGUUAAGAGAUUGCGUCAUUGUCAAUGAUGGUAGAAUGGUUUUUGCAGAUUUCCAGAGAAAUAAAGUAUUAGUUUAUACUCGUGAUGGACAGUUGUCGAAGUCCAUCAUUGUCGACAAGUCUCCUUUCGGAUUGGCUUUGAUAAACCCUCAUACUGUGGCCGUUACAUGUGUAGAAGAUAAAACAAUAAACAUUGUGAAUAUUGAUGAAAGUGUUGCGAAGCAGAAGAUAAAUGUAGGAAAACCUUGCUCUUGGUUAUCUUUCAACAAUGCAAAACUGUAUGCCCUCGUUACAAACACAGGAAUAAUGGAGUUUGAUUUAGGAGGAAAUCUUAUCAAAAUAAUACCAGUAAAUGUUCUAAGUAAUGACGGUUAUUUAUCAUCUUAUAAAGAUAGAUUUUGUUAUACAUGUUAUAAUUCAUUAUUGACAUGCUGCGAUAGUAAUGGAAAAACAAUCUGGGAGUCGAAAAUUGCUGAUUCAGGUGUAGCAGUUGACAAUUAUGGAAAUUAUUUCGCUGCAAAGUACUUCGAUCGCACAUUGCACGUAGUAUCAGCCGACGGAAAAACAACAAAACAACUUCUGACCAUGGAAAAUUGGAAAGAUUGUCUUGAAGGUGUCUCCUUUGACAAAAACAGCAGUACAUUACUUGUAGCAUGUACUUCAGGGACUGCAAGGCUUUAUCGUGUGAAGUAAAAAAUGAAAUGCAAUGUAUGUUUACCGGAUCCAAAAUUUUCCAUUCGUUUAAUGUGUUUGAGCUUUUGACUUUCCGUUUUGAAUUUUCCUUUGAGUUCGGUAUUUUUGUUAUUUUACUUUUUUCUAUAAUUUAAUAUAAGCAAGUCCUUACAAAAAGUACAGUUAGUGGAUUUGACAAUUUUAAAAUGGAAAUGGAAUUGUAAUACAAUAUCAAUUUUUAUGUAAAGAUGAAUUAACGGAUAUGUGAAUAUACAUCGAUCAGAUAUCAACCAAACCAUACAAACAACAAGAACGAAACUAAACAUCUAGGAGUGGCCAAUAUCUGGUUUUAACAAUAGACAUCUGUGUAUAUAUAUUUGUGCGAUUCCGACGCAUACAAUUUUUAUAGUGUAUUUUCAAUUUGUUUAUCCUUGUAUGUAUUAUUUAAUUAAUUAGUAUUUUAUCAGGAAAGUGUGUAAAUGUAAUUAUGUUUUACUUACUUUCUAUCAUCUGCAACUACUUUCUUUUCCGUCUUUCUUAGAAUUAUUUGCAAUAUUAUAGAAAAUGGAAACGGGGAAGACGACAACCUUACCAAAGAGCAGAAAACUGCCUAAGGCCACCAAUGUGUCCUCAACGCAGCGAGAUAAUCCUGCACUCGCAGGCGGGCGUCAUCUGGCCACCCAUAGAAAUGUAUAUUAAAUGGUAUUAAAUUGGUAAAUUCAACAACACGUACCGUUAUCUUGAUGAUAUUUUUUUGUUAAAUUAUCAAAAAUUCUCGAAAUAUACUGCCGAAAUUUACCCAAAGGAACUUACUUUAAAUCAAACAAAUGUUAACAGCAAUAGCUGUCAUUUCCUGGAUUUAGAUUUUUUAGUUUUACACGAUAAACUCUACACAAACAUUUACGACAAAAGGGACAAUUUUUCUUUCCCUAUUAUUAAUUUUCUUUUUAGGACGGUAGUGUUCCUUUGACAUCGUACCCCAUCUUACUGUGUUUAUAUAUCCUAACUCGUUCCCUAUGCCGUGUCUGUAGUGACGUUUUGGAUUUCAAUAAACGUUAUCUAUGUAUUAAUGGUUAAUGAGGUCAGGUGCUUCGUUAUCACAAAUUACUAAAAUUCUUUACUAAAUUCUCCCAUAGAUAUAACUAUGUGAUUAGUAAGUACCUGUAGAAAACGUAUUUCAAACAGAAUAGCACAUCCUAAAUUUUUACAGUGAUUUUGAAUUGCUUACCGAGUCCGGAAAUUUAGAUACGAUCCGGCUAAACUUAUCAAUCCUUUAAACAUGUUAAAUAAACUUAUUCUAAAAAAUCAAUACUGUAGAUAGAUCUUUGUUUUUAUUGGUAUGAAUAUUGAUGUUGCUCUCAGUUAAUCAAAAUCUUGCUUAAUAUUAUUGUUAUACGCAUAUGCAAAUUCACAGUUCUACAAUCUGUCAAUACUUAUAUUUUGGCAUUGCACAAGGUCAUGAUUUAACUUUGACUGUCAAUGACGUAUUUACACUAAAUUCAUUGGAUGUUGGAUGUGUAAUGAUUGAUACUUGAUGUUAUUGGCUUUGAACUAGAUAUCAGUAACUGCUAGUACUCACAUAUCAGUAACUUGUGUCUUUUUUGUUGUGAGGGAUGUAUAAAUUCCCUGACACGUCCGGUCUGCGUGUUUGUUAGAUGUUUUUUAUGCUUUGUAUCGAUCUGAUGAGUUAAGUCCUUUCCAACAGAUUUUUAUAGUUUGUUAGUA